ACCUAAUGGCGAGCAGCGGUGGCGGCGACGACGACGCCGAUGCGGUGCUCAGCGACGUGGAGGGAGACGAUCCAGUCCCGAUCGUGAUCAAGAAUCCCUCGCCGGAGCAAAUCUCCGCCGACCGGUUCCGCGAGCUCCUCGCCGAGCUGGAUCGCGAGCGGCACGCUCGCGAGGCGGUGGAGAAUUCCAAGUCGGAGCUGCAGGUCCAGUUCGGCCGGUUGAAGGCUCUGGCGCACGAGGCGAUUAAGAAGCGCGACGAGUGGGGGCGGCAGAGAGACGACGCCUUGCGCGAGAAGGAGGAGCUUUCCAGAACGAACGAGAAGGUGACGGCGGAGCUGGCGGAGGCUAACAGAGCUAAGGACGAGGCUGUGCAGCAGAAGGAGGAGAUUUCGAGGCAGUUAGACGACGUCGUUAAGGAGAAAGAUGGAUUGAGAGCUGAGAUUGGGAAUUCGACGCAUAUGCUCAUGUCUGGGAUUGAUAAGAUUUCAGGAAAGGUUAGGAAUUUCAAGAAUUUCGCGGCCGGGGGACUGCCGCGGUCGAAUAAGUACACCGCCGGACUGCCGGCGGUGGCUUACGGUGUUAUAAAGAGGACUAAUGAGAUUGUGGAAGAGCUUGUUAGACAGGUUGAGGCCACUGCCAAGUCUAGGAACGAAACUAGGGAGCAGAUGGAUCAGAGGAACUAUGAGAUUGCUAUUGAGAUUUCGCAGCUGGAGGCUACCAUUGGUGGCUUGAGAGAAGAGGUUGCGAAGAAGACGUCUAUGGUGGAGGAUUUGGAGAAGAGUGUGGCGGAGAGGAGUGGGAAGAUGUCGGAGAUUGAGAGGGAGAUGGAGGAUAAGUUGAGGAAGGCGGAGAGUGAGGCGGCGGAGUUGAGGCAGUUAGCUAGAGAGUAUGAUGAUAAGUUGAUGAAUUUGGACUCGAAAAUGGAAGAGCAGAGGCCUUUACUUGUUGAUCAGUUGAAUUUGGUGUCGAAAAUUCAUGACAGGCUAUACGAUGUAACGAGAAUAGUUGAUGCCAACAAUUUGGAUCAGUCAGAUUAUUCAGAAUCCAUGUUUCUCCCUCAAGAAACGGACAUGGAGGAGAAUUUGCGUGCAUCUUUGGCUGGGAUGGAAUCUAUUUAUGAACUAUCGAGGAUUGUUUUGGAAAAAUCAAGGGAUUUGGUUGAGGAAAAGAAUCAUGAGAUCAAGAGUUUGGAUGAAACAGUGACUCGGUUAGUUAAAGAAAAGGAACAAAUUGGAUCAUUACUUAGGAGCGCUUUGUCCAAUAGGAUGACAUCAAAUUCAUCUUCUAAGACAAGGGAUUUGUUUCAAGUUGCCGAGGAUGGUUUGCGGGAGGCUGGGAUAGACUUUAAAUUUAAUAAGCAUAUUGGGGAUCAGAAAGUGGAUGCACUUGAGGCUGAGGAUGAAGUAUACACAUUAGCUGGUGCUUUGGAGAAUAUUGUUAAGGCAUCUCAACUGGAGAUUAUAGAGCUGCAGCAUUCUGUGGAAGAACUAAGGGCAGAGUUGAGUUUACUUAAACAGCAUGUAGAGGCUCAAGCUAAGGAGCUCGACCAUAGAAUGCAUAAAAUUGAGGAACUUGAAGAGAAGGAGAGAUUAGCAAAUGAAAGUAUUGAAGGGCUAAUGAUGGACAUUGCUGCUGCUGAAGAAGAGAUUACAAGAUGGAAAGUGGCAGCAGAGCAAGAAGCUGCUGCUGGCACAGGUGUAGAACAGGAGUUUGUGGCACAGUUAUCGGCACUUAAGCAGGAACUUGAAGAGGCAAAGCAGGCGAUUGUGGAGUCAGAGAAGAAGCUCAAGUUCAAAGAAGAGACGGCAGAUGCUGCCAUUGCAGCUAGAGAUGCUGCAGAGAAAUCCUUGAGAUUGGCAGACUCGAGAGCAUCCAGACUUCGAGAAAGAGUAGAGGAGGUUACCCGUCAACUGGAAGAAUUUGAAAAUCGGGAGGACUUAAGGAGAGGCCUGGGUGGACCUAGAUAUGUAUGUUGGCCCUGGCAGUGGCUUGGGCUGGACUUUGUAGGGUUCAGUCGCUCUGAUACAGAACAACAGAAUAGUUCAAACGAAAUGGAGCUUGCUGAACCUCUUCUAUGAGUAACACUCUUUAUAGUUUUUAUUUUGUGUAUUUACUGUGAUCUUUCAUAUUAGAACUGUAAAGAAAUUGCCAGCUUCUAACAGAUUUACUCGUCAAGGUUCCCCUUAACUGCAGUGAUAAUACUUUGUAAUGGAUUGAUUUCGCAUGGUGGGUACUUCCAGCCGAAUCAUAUUGAUGCCUUCAGGGGAGUUUCCGCUAAUCUUGUUACUGUAAUGUAGUUUUCUAUUUUCAUUACUUUUUAGAUUUAAAUUUGGUUUUUUUUNUUUUUUUUUUUGUUAAUAUUCAGUUUUA